GAUAUUUCAUAGGUGCAGUGCAGUCGAGUCGAGUCUGAGAGAGAGUAGGGUGCUCAGAAUUAUCUUCUUUUUUUGUAAAACAUAAUCUUAUCAGCAACCCACACGUAGGUUUCCCUACAAGAUUGCCCUUAACUGGAAGCGCAAGUCCAUUAGGCGAUUAGCUAAUCUCCAAGGAUUAGUACAUGGGAUUAUGCAGGUCUAAAUGAUUAUCAAUGCAUCAUGAAACUUGAAUCAUAGCAAGAUCAACGACAGACAAGCACAAGCCUUCAAGCAGUAUGUACAGUGCUUCACAGGCAUUGCUUUGCUGAAUUUGCACAUGCUGACUCUGUGCACUUCCACAGAUCUGACAAAGUGACCUUUGACCUCCAAGGAGGUGUAAUGCCGAUCUACCACGAGAAGCAGCGUUGGGAGCUGUGUGCUCUCCAUGCCCUCAAUAAUGUGUUCCAGGAUGCCAAGGCUUUCAAUAAACAAUCCAUGGAUGAGCUCUGCCAGAGCUUAUCACCCGGUACGGUACUGAACCCACACAAGAGCAUGCUGGGACUGGGUAACUAUGAUGUGAAUGUCAUCAUGGCUGCUGUUCAGAGGAGAGAAUGUGAAGCGGUUUGGUGGGAUAAAAGAAGGAGUUUGGAACAACUUGAACUGGACAACAUCCUUGGGUUCAUCAUGAACGUACCCUCGCCCAUCCAGCUCGGCUUUGUCAGCGUUCCCAUCCGCCGCAAGCACUGGAUAGCCCUCCGCCACAUAGAGGGCGCCUUUUACAAUCUGGACUCCAAACUUGGCAAGCCGCAGACGAUCGGCGCCACCCCCGCAAUAUUCCUGGACUUUCUCCGCUCCCAGCUGAAGCAGAAAGGCUGCGAACUCUUGCUGAUUGUGGAGAGGGACGUUUGCGAACUGCGCACGUGGCUGCACGAGCCAACGUCUUGAUCUUAAGCCAGGAUCCUGAAUCGUCGCACCGUCAUAUCUUGUUGCCGUCAAGAAAUGGGUGUCGAGAUUCCCAGCAAUGCACUUCAUGCAAUCUCAAGCUACUUCAAGCAUCGAGCAAAUCACUUGUGUGUUCGAUGCAUGUCAGAUACUGUCUUUUACUAGUAUAUUGUGUAUUGACAUGUAACAGCCACACUCGGUCACUGCGUUGUACAUUUGCCUAUCCUGACCCUGAUGUUGAGGUAUACUUGCAUAGAGGAUCUGACUUAGAGACAGCCACCAAACCUGUCAAGGUUCUACAGUGCAUAGUCGUCUACAAGAUACAUUGUAUGCCACCCAGCUAUGGACCCAACUGGACAUCCCCUCAUCCAGGUGAAAGUGGAAAAGCAGCAAUUUUUGUAUGGAUUUGUAUGUAUCUUGGCUUUAUAAGCUCCCUCUAUGCUCUUUAUGCUACAUCAAUGUACAUGUAUUUCAGGUGAUGGAACUAAGGACCUAGAAUCUAUUGCUUUUUUAAGUCAUAAAAAAAACCAUAUAGGUCAUAUACAGAUAAAACUGCCCAAGUCAAAUCCUAAGAACCACAGAAAUUCGUUUGAAAUAGAGAAUGUAAAUAGCACAUAGGUCGACUUAGAUGAAUAUUCACGUACCGAUGAGGAAAGUAUAAAGGUUGACUUAACUCUUAAUGUGCCAUUCACUGUAAUCAGCGAGUGCCAUCUUAUUCAAAGAGUCUAUAUUUAAUUGUUUUAUUUAUAAAAAAAAGGGAAUCACUCCUGAGACAAUAAUGUUAAACCUGAACAAUAGGCUGAACUGAACAAUGGAAUCACUCAUGCAUGCAAUGCACUCCUCAAAGUACAAUAGGCAUAACAACGGCUGUAUGACCAUUGCACGAAAAUGUGUUCGUGGCACUCCAGUGGAUGCACAGAUAUGUGUUCAUGGCACGUUAAGGGUUAAAGCAGAGCAGAGUCCGCUGUAGAGGAUGUUCCUGCACGUCUUUAAUUUCCUCACAUAUCUACCUGUACAUGUACAGGUAUGUGAAGAAUGUUGAUAGGUGGUGAACUUCAUUUGACCUUUGUAAUGUAUCCUGGUGUACAAUAUUACAUCCCUCCCCCUAUGCACAUUUCAGAAAAUGAUUGAAAUACGAUUAAACAUUGCUACUGAGAGUCGAGCAUGGUUAUGGGGGGAGGAGGGAUUACCAAAUUUUGAAAUUCUGAUGGUAAAAAAAAAUCAUAUCUAAGCAGAGCAGGUAACUAUAUCAUAUCCUCAAAAUGCACUAAAAUAUGAAUUCUGGAACCUAAAAUCAGAAGAUUUUCUGCUGGAAGUGGUUUGAAUGAAGGUUUAACUGCAUUGAUGUUACAAUCACAAACUGCCAGACUUUUAUCUGUAAUGCAAGUUGCUCUUUAAGACUAAAUGGAGAAGGGGACCUGAGCAGUGUGUUUGUAUUAUAUUGGAUAGAUCAGACUGGGAUACUAGAGAUAUUCCUUGAGUUAGGGCCAAAAUUCCAUGAAUCACAGAGGAGCUGAAUAUUAGCCCGAACAAGUGGAAUAUUUAUGGUAUUCCAUGAAAUAGAGCUUUCCAAUAUGAUGAUUAUUAUCUAUUCCCUAAACCGUAAUGCGAGUGAGCAAAUCAUGUCACUUAACAUCACGUGCAGAUGUAGCCCCACUUCGUAAGAGCAGUUUGAUACUAAAAACGUGACUUAAAUUUGACUCUUUAUGACAAUAUUUAGUAUCACUGUGCACUAGGAUGCACAUUGCAUUGAUUAUUGUGCUCAAAGUCAUUUUCGUGCAUUUGCGUGUGCACAUUAGACUUAUCAAUAUGGUACAGUAUUGAACAACAAUUAUUCUUUAGUUUGUACGGGAGAUCAUCAGAUUUCGGUGCUUUGUGCAAUACGCUCUCAUACUGCAUAGGCAAAUGAUACACACCAAAAUAUGCUGUUUUAAUGCAUUGUUGAAACACCCUACAAUGUACAAUAUUCCUUGCCAAUUGCCACGAAGAAACAUCAAGUGCCACGAAGAAACAUCAAGUGCCACUUGUAAGGAAUUCCACCUAUAGGAAACAAAAGGUUCCCUCAAGAAUAGGUUUCUGGACAUCAACACCCUACAUGUAGCUCCUCCUACUCUGAGAUGACGUGACGUAUCCGCACUGAAUUUCCUGGGCUUAAUGUCAUUCUCAAUAAGGUCUGGGGCACAAUGUCUUCCUGGCUGCGAUCCGGGGCACAAUGUAAACCUCAUUAAGGUCAGGGGCACAAUGUCAUUCUCAAAGUCUAGGGCACAAUGUCUACCUGGAUUAGGAAUGAGGCACAAUGUCAUCCUGGAUGAGAUCCGUGGCACAAUGUCAACCUCGAUAAGGUCAGGGGCACAAUGUCAUUCUCAAUAAGGUCUGGGGCACAAUGUCAACCUGGAUGAUGAAUGAGGCACAAUGUCAUCCUGGCUGCAAUCCGGGGCACAAUGUCAACCUCAAUAAGGUCAGGGGCACAAUGUCAACCAGGGGAGUGUUUCAUCAACAUUUUCAUCCGACAAGUUGUCAGAUCUGACAUCUUUCUCUAUUGUUGAUUGGCUGAGAGGUACUGUUACUAUGGUAACUGUCGGAUGAAAUGGGACUUGUCGGAUAAAACGUCCGACAAGUCCUUUCAUGAAACGCCCCCCUGGAUGAUGAAUGAGGCACAAUGUCAUCCUGGCUGCGAUCCGGGGCACAAUGUCAACCUCAAUAAGGUCAGGGGCACAAUGUCAACCUCAAUAAGGUCAGGGGCACAUUGUCACCCUGGGUGAGAUCCAGGGCACCAUUUCAUGAACAUGUAGAAAAAAUAUUUUUGAAAAUAGUCCUUGUAAGCCUGGUAAACUUAAACCCGUGUAAAAUUGCAGUUGGCUUUGGUUCAACACAAAAUAUGCUUUUGAAUGAACUUCAAUAGACCAGUUCAAUAUAGGAAAUAUUAUAUUUUUUUGCAUUUUGGUAAUUAUGUAUGAGACUUUAUCCAUGUGAAUAUAUUUGUCUAGGUAAGAUUACAGAAUCAUAUGUUAUACAUGUGAGAGUGUAGUCUACGAGACCUAGGAGUCGUUCUCAGAAAAACGUCACAAUUCAUUCAUUGUUCUAACCGUCAUUUGGCCUACAACCUCACAAUCUUGUAGGUUUUCUGUUUGAUUUUUUGUAAUAACAUGGAUAGAUGGCCAUUGCACCAGAUAUGUGCUGGCUGAUCAGUGAUGCUUGAAAAUAUAAAAGGUUAAUUUGGUUAAUUAACAUCCGUAUUACAUGUAGUAUUAAAGUUUGGUUUAUAGAAAAUAAUUUGUAUUAUGCAUCUACAUGUCUAUUGUGGGCCCCGUAACACAAAGGUCGGUGAUUAAUCGCUAAUUCCGCUUAAUGAAAUGGCCUGUCAAGAUCAUCAUUGCAUGUGCACUCUGCUCAGUAGACCCACUAGGAACCAAUUGGAAUUGUUCUUUCAUAUUGGCGAAUAAUCACUAUUAACCUUUUGUGUUACGCAGUAACCCAAAAUGGGGAAUUUUCGUGAAAUUUUGACUUUUUUAGGAAAGGUUCAGAAAAUUGAAAAAUUCCAGGAAAUUCUGGCAAAAAAAAAGAAUUACAAUUAAACGUAGCAACUUUUAAAAUUCAUGUUAUAUUUAAAGAAUUGUUUACCUCGAUACAUAGCUCAAAUUUUCCGCUCGCGCUCCCCACUUGCAUUUCGUAAUUUUGUUCCUAUUUUGAAAGAGGACGU